AUGCUUUUGUCCCUGUUUCAGCAAAUUAAGCAUUCUGCAGAAAACAUUGCAGAAUCCGCCUUCGCAGAAUUGAUAAAAUUGCCAUUCUAUCGGAUGUUAUUUCAAAAGCUUAAGUUCGUAGUGAGCGAUACAGCUCAUGCCCAGCUCAAGGCGAACAUUUUAUUUUCUGAUAAGCUUAAAGAAAAUGGCUUCUCCGGAGCGAUUCCUUUACAUUGUGUUAUGCAUGUGGCGGCAAACUUUGAUCUUCGAAGUUAUGAACACUUUAUGUUCGAAGAUAAAUCAAGAGAUGCACUUGCUGAAAAUCCGAAAGGCCGACCCGCAGGAAAUGGUUAA